AUGAGAAGUACCCUCGGAUCGGCCCUCCAACUCAUCCGAUUCCCAUUGAUGAGCGUCGAGGAGUUCGCCCAGAAUGCUGGUUGGAACUCGAGGAAUGAAAAUCAAAUCUUUAAAAAAUGAUUAUAGCUCAAUGCGGACUUUUGUCGGAUCGGGAGGUCGUCAACCUUUUUCUCUACUACACCGUGAAUCCUAAGCCGCAAGUUGGAUAUGUCGACAGGUUUCAAAUCUUCAGCUCCACCCAGUUAUUUUUUGGAAGUUCCAGACCUCGAAGCGUGAUUUCGGGCAAGGAAUCGGUCGUCUCAAGAUUCCAGAGAACCGAAAAUCGAUGGGGCUACUGUGGCACCUCGGAUCGGAUCAAGUACUGUAUCUUCCCGAUUUUCCAGAAGUACUGUAAUCGUAUUCAAGGUUUACGGUGGAUCAGCAGAUCUACGUCGUUGGCCUGGGUCUGUACGGGUCGGUUCAUGGACCACACGAGUACGAGGUUCAAAUCAGGGUUAGUUCAAAGGUUCUUGGAACGAUUUAAAGGCGCAGCGGUUUUCUGUCCUAUGCGCCUUUAAAGCUUUCGCUUAUCAGAUUGGUAGAAUGUACCCAAAUUUUAAACGCGCAGCAGCUUUCUCCAACAUAUGCGCCUUUAAAGUUGUCUUGAAUCUGGGAUUAUUGGAUAUACUGAAAGUUUAAAGGCGCAUAGGCUUAUUUUGUCCUAUGCGUCUUUGAAAUUGUUGUGAAUGGACUAUUUGGAGAAGCAUCAGAAAUUAAAGGCGCACGGGCUUUUUUCAAGUUGUUUUGAACGAACUGAUUGUACGAAAAAUUUUAAGGCGCUGCAGUUUUUUUUCCCUAUGUACCUUUAAAUUUUUUUUUUGAAAGGGUCAUUUGUAGGAUGUGCUGGAAGUUUAAAGGUACAUCAGGUUUUUCUUUGAACCUAUGUGCCUUUAAGGUUGUUUUCACUGAUCUUAUUGGAGGACAUACUGAAAAUUUAAAGGCACAAGGGCCUUUUUUUCUGUUUCUUGAGCCGUCAAAGCCCUUAUGAAUGAACUGUGUAGGAUAUGCCGGAAGUUUGAAGGCACAGUAGCUUUUUUAUCCUUUAAAGAUCUGAUGAAUGAACUGUUUGAUGGAAUUACUGGAAGUUUAAAGGCACAUAACCUUUUUUCAACCUAUGCGCCUUUAAAUUUGUUGUGAAUGACCUAACCAGAAAAUAUACUGAAAGUUUGAAGGCACAGGAGUUUUUUCUGUUUCUUGAGCUUUCAAAGCUCUUCUGAAAGACCUAUAUGGAAAUGUUUCAGAUAAUCCACUGUGGAACGGGUAGAACAUUGGCGGAGAACGAUACGUCGUUCGUAUGUGACGGCACGGCGGCGGCGAAUCGCGUCUGCUUCCGAGAACCUGUCGAAAUCCUCUCCGGAGUCACCUACAUCGCCUCGGCUUGUCUGAAGGUGAAGAAGGAACACUGAAUGGAGUUGUAGUGGUCAUUCUAGGGGUGUCAUCUUGUAGUGAUCAUUAUAGAGUCUUUAGCUUCAUAUCGUGAGCUCAGUUCGUUCUUGGAAGGGCAGAACAGCUGGAGGGGUCACUUUAGGGGUCCCGAUAUCCAUAUUUUCACCUCUUGAGCACUCAAGGGACUUCUAAAGGGGAAAAACUUAUUAAGAAAGGUUUCAGAGAUUUUUUCUUCAGCUUUUUAUUUUUAUUUUGUCAAUUUCUGAAGUGUUCACUUAAAAAGUCUCCCAGUCACUUUCCUGUUGUUCUACGACUACUCGGGGCGGUGUUUGAAGAUUAGGAAUUUCCUGGGACAUACUUAAGUGGUUUCUAUAGGGUUUUAAGCUUCUCAGCUUCUCAAGUCCCCGUUCAAGAAUCGAAAACAUAGUCAUCUUUGAGAUUUGCAUCCUUUAGGAAGAGUUAAAAUAGUUUUCCCAAGCUGUUUUUUGAACUUUAAGAUCGUUACCAUGGUUAUCGCUGACUUAUUAGAACAGGUUUUUUUUUUCUGAAACUCAUCGGAGUUGAAUUAAUUGAUGAUUCAGGAUUUUAAUUAAUCAGGAGAUGUUUAUCACGAUAAUAAAAUGUCAGGUUUAAUUUAUUUUUUUAUCCCCUGGUUGACUCAAUUACUCAACCUUUCAUAAAAAAACGAAAAAAAGUAUAUUUUUUCGAAAACUUUUUGAAAAAAGUCAGUUUUAAACUGUUUCUGGUUGUGUUUAAAGUUUUCCAAGUUUCCUAUAUUAUUUAGAUUCAAUCCAAUAACAUUCUUGGUUUAAAAAAAAGUCUGGAGCGCUAAAAAUAAUUUUCAAAUGUUUUAUGAGCUCUAAGAUCGUUGCCAUGGUUACCGAAAUUAAUCAAAAACAAUUUUUUUGGUCGAAACUCAUCGAAGGUUGAUUAAUUGAUGAUUCAGGCUUUCAAUUAAUCAGGGGAUGAGAAUAAAAAUAAGUUGAUAAGGUUAUACCAAAGAAUCAGUUUGCAGAGUUUCUGCAAAAGUUGAAAGGCUCAGAGAUCUUUUGAAAGUACAAGUUCAUGGUUAGGAACUUCCUCAUCCCUGGAGGAAAAUAUUGAAAAUGAACCUGUAUGAGACGUUUUACAGUUUUUAGUCGGUUUAGCGAUCAUUUCUGGUUCUUUCAGUACUCGGAAAAGUUACAGAGACGGUUUUGAAGUAGGAAAUUUUGAAAAGUAUUAUCUUUAGAGGCUUAAACGACCUUAAACUUAUAUAAAGUCCUCUUCACUUUUUCACAGUUUUUAAGAAGCUUUCCGAUGAAGUUAUUGAAAAAGUCGAGAAAAAACAUAUUUUUUUAGAGACCAAUAUGAUUGAAAACUUCGAUAGAGUCCCCUUCAGUACUUGGGAAGAUUUUUGAGAACAUAAAGAUAAUUCUUGAAGUUUACAGAACUUUCUAGAACUUCGAAGCCUUUUUUCAGCGAUAUAUGAGCAAGUUUUCAAGAGAAAUGAUUGAAUAAAACCUAGUUUUGCAUAAUUUUUCAUGUUUUAAAAGUUGGAGACAAUCCUUUGAAUCUUUUGAUACUAUAACAAAGUGAAACGGAAUUUUUGGGUUAAAUUUUUUGAGGUGAAGCUUUAGAGGCUACUUCUGAUCAAAUAAGGACGUCUACAUCAAAAUUUUUUUGGAAUCAUCAACUUUAACAGCAAAAAUCUGAUGAAAAUAUUGAUUUUACCUGUUUUUACAGUAUUUUACAGUAUAAUACAGUAUGAUACAGUACAGUAGAGGUUUGAAAUUGGGCGUAACUUUUCUGAAUGUGGUCCAUAUCUAUCAAAGCCAUUUUCAAGAACCGACAAGCUCUUUUCACUGCUCUAGAAAUGCCAAAUUUUCGUCGUUGUGUGAAAAUUUUGAACGAAAAAACGUCAUUUUUAAAAUUUUCAAACAUGAAUUCCGUGGAAAAAAAAGAUGAUAGCUGAUUCAAUGAUUCCCAGGGUCCCGACUCCUUUUACGGGACGAAAGGCCUCCGUCGGAUCGUCCAUCAGGCGGCCGAAGUCACUUUCCAGUUCACCUACGCCGCCAUGAACAACAACGGAACCAGCGUCGAAGACGGACAGAUCCCCGAAAUUAUCUUUUACACCGCAAAACACUGA